CUGGUAAGGAUGCAAGCAAGAGAACGGUGAAAGUUCGAAGGUGCAUAAAAUUGCAGACAUAUAAAGCUACGAAGAGACCCGCCGUACUCCUGCAAAUCAGCGGGUGCUUUCAGGGACUAAGGAACCAUGGCUUCUCGCGCCCCCAGGAUGCUGGCGGUCCUCCUGGUGCUCCUCGCGGGGACGGCCUCCGGCAUCAAGUUCAAAGGCUUCGGCGGCGGCGGCAAGAAGGGCGGCGGCGGCUACGGCGGCGGCAGGACCGUCUACCUGAUUCCCGUCCAGAUCCCGCUCUACCAGCCCUACAGCGGCCACGGCGUCGGAGGCAGUUACGGCGGAGGCGGAUUCGGAGGCGGCCACGGAGGCGGUUUUGGCGGUGGAGGAUUCGGAGGCGGUGGGUAUGGAGGAGGCGGAUUUGGCGGUGGGCACGGAGGCGGAUUUGGCGGUGGGCACGGAGGCGGAUUUGGCGGUGGGCACGGAGGCGGAUUUGGCGGAGGAGGAUUCGGAGGAGGUGGCUUAGGAGGAGGAGGAUAUGGAGGAGGGGGAUUCGGCGGCGGCCAUGGAGGAGGAAUCGGAGGAGGUGGAUUCGGAGGCGGCCAUGGAGGAGGAGGAGGAGGAUAUGGAGGAGGUGGCCAUGGAGGUGGCCACGGAGGACUAAUCGGAGGAGGUGGCCAUGGAGGACUAAUCGGAGGAGGUGGCCAUGGAGGAGGAGGAUAUGGAGGAGGUGGCCACGGAGGAGUGAUCGGAGGAGGUGGCCAUGGGGGUGGCCACGGAGACAGCGGUAUAUUUAUCGAUGGAGGCGGAAUCGGAGGCGGCCAUGGAGGAGGCUAUGGAGGAGGUGGCCACGGAGGCGCUGGUGGAUUCGUGGAUGGAGGCGGCCACGGAGGAGGAUUCGGAGGCGGCCACGGAGGAGGCGGCUUCAUCGACGACCACGGGGCUGGCGCUGGAGGCGGAUACGGAGGCGGAAUCGGAGGCGGCCACGGAGGAGGAUUCGGGGGCGGCGGGCACGGCGGCGGCUUCGCGACCGGAUUCUCGAAUGGCGGAGGUGGAGUAGUGACUUCAUCGCACGGAGGCGGCGGUGGAGGAUAUCACAAGUAGAGGAUCCCGGAGACUCCUCACAUAUUUCUUCGUCCUCUCUUUCUUUCUUCUUUUUUUGUAUUCCUUUUUUUCAAAAUUUUUAAAUAAAAAGUUAGUACCA